AUCAACUACGAUAAGCUCCUACUACUCGGCGACUCAUUGAUGGAAUUUUGCUACAACCAGUUGCCAUAUUCUCACGAAUCUCCAACUGAUAGCACCCCCAAUGACAAAAAUCACAUCAACCAAAAUGAAGCCGAGUAUUUCAAUCAACAGAUCCAUUUCACCUUUGGCUCAGCUUUGGCUCAUGUUUACACAAGAAAAUUAGAUAUUGUUCAAAGAGGUUUUGGUGGGUACAACACAUCCCAUAUAUCGUUGCUUUUGGAGAGCUUAUUAAACAACGAUGAGUUUGUUAAGAAUUUGAAAUUGAUCAUCAUUAGUGGAGGAACUAACGAUGCUUCAACACAAGACAAUGCUUACUUAUCCUUGAAAGACGUCAGGAGCAACUUUGUCAAAAUGAUUAAGCUCAUAAAAGAAAAAAACAUAAAUUUAAUCAUCAUUGGCUCUCCUGUUUAUUUUCCUGAAAUCUUUAGCAAGAUGUGCUAUGAAGACGUUCAAAAGGGUUACAAUUUAGACAACGACUUGGUUCUUCAAUAUCAUAACCAGGCAAGAGAACUUUGUGAACAAAAUGACAUUCCUUUCUUAGAUUUGAGAAGUAUCAUGAUAGACAACUACAAUAGUACCUUGACAAGUGACGGUUUACAUUUAUCUGGUUAUGGGCAGUAUCUCUUGUAUAAGGAAAUGAUGCGUUUGAUUAAACAGCACUUUCCUCAAUUAUAUCCCGAUAAUAUCAUAAAAAAACUACCAACA